GUGACAAGGAUAGGCCGCAUGACAAAAGCGGUCUUGGCGACAAUGCGUUCGAAACGUAACAAUAGUAAGAGUGGCUGUGAGUCUGCAGCUAGUUCUGUGCAAUCUGGUGGUAGUUACGGGGUAUUCGGCGCCUGCUCUGACUUCUCCGAAUGUGAAUACAAUGAGGAUGGAAGCUUCUUCAAGUAUGAACAGAUCCCAUCAGGGUCCACAAGCAACGCCAGCUUCCACAGCACCAAGGACCGGGAGACCACUCCCCUCAUCUGCCAGCACCUCACACCCACCUACAGAGCCAUAUCACACGGGAGCAGCUCUGAUACCUUGGGACCAGGAGAUCUAUCGGAUACUGAUAUUAUAGCGACCUACAAGAGGACACUGGCGAAAUCCAAGCCCGAGAGAAAGAAACAGAGUUCUCUAAUCACCAUUUUCUCGAUCUGGAAUACCAUAAUGGGCUCGUCACUGCUGACGAUGGCGUGGGGCGUGGAGCGCGCUGGUCUCCCAGCCGCCCUGGUGCUGAUGAUGUUCAUGGCUGCCCUGUGUCUCUACACCGCCUACCUCUUGAUCAUCGUCAAUAGGUAUCACGGUGGUGACAGCUGCGAGGUGCCGGCUCUGUGCCGAACGUUGCUGGGCCCUGCCGCAGCGGUGGUGGCCCACGCCUUCAGUCUGAUGGUACUCACCGGUGCCAACGUGCUCUACUGGGUGCUCAUCACAAACUUCCUCUACUACACUGUCAACUACUUCAUUGAUCAACCAUCGAUAAAUGGAACAACAUACAACUCUACAGUGUUGUGCCCACAGGAGAUCAUCGGGUCCCUAACAGAAUCCCCGUAUCCUUCGUCCCCGUACUGGGGCCUCCACACAACAGUGCCUAUAUAUGUAGCUAUACUAGUCUUCCCGCUGUUGAACUUCAAAAAUGUUUCGUUUUUUACAAAAUUUAAUUCUUUGGGUAAGUUACAACUUUUAUUGAUAAUAUUUUUUUAAUAUUUUAGGUUUAUUAAUCAACAAACAUUUUUAAAUAUUCUAUUAUGUAUACGAGUAAAAUAUUUCUUUCAUAAUGAUGUUACGUUUGGACAAUCGAAUGACUAAAAUUUGGUUGCUGAUAGAGCUGAUAAAUACCUAUUAUGAAUAUCGUUUAAUCGCCGGCACAUAAAAUACUCAUGGUACUUCAUAUGUCAGUGUCAGUGUCAGGUACGAGGGAGGCAGGCGUUGUAAAGAGCAAAGCCAUAGCAUCAGUUUCUAACGACGACAACAAGCGGGCCGUAAUUCGUAUUUUAAACUGGUAUUUUAUAAUAACUUUAUUUAAUUUUUAUGAAUUUUUUGUGGACAUUCACACACGCAUACUCACGACUUGUUUCCGUUGGGGUAGGCAAAGACAACAGAAUGCCAUUUGCUUCUUUACUUACAAACCUCACGCGUUAACUCUACAUUCAUUACUCUUUUCAUACGUUACUCGCCGGUUGCGGGUCCUGCGGUCCUUUCCUUUUCUCAAAACGUCCCGACGUUUUUGUGGACAUAGUUUUAAUUAAUUGUCAUAAUUGUCUCUAGUAUUUAUUUUUAUUAAAUUUUGGUAUAUUUAUUUUUAUUUUGGCACACAAAAUACUCAUGGUACUUUGUAUGUCAGUGGCAGUUUAUUGCCUCGUGCAAUGCGUUUUGUGGUACGAGGGAGGCAGGUGUUGUAAAGAGCAAGGCAAA